AUGUUUCGUGUACUUACUAAUACAACAACAGUAACUGGUGGUGCCUGUCGAUCAUUUAUUGGACAGGUUCGAAAUACUACCGCUGCAGCAGCAACAAAAAUAAAUGUACCGGAUACAAAACAACCCGAUAUGAAACAUCUAAAACGUGAAUCACAAUCUCGGAUAAAAACUAUUUCAAUUUAUCGUUGGAUAAUUUACAUAAAUCCUGAAGAACCAAAUAAAAAACCAUAUUUACAAGAUUAUAAAAUAGAUUUAAAUGAUUGUGGUCCAAUGGUGCUUGAUGUUCUUAUUAAAAUAAAAAAUGAACUUGAUCCAACAUUAGCUUUUCGUCGUUCAUGUCGUGAAGGUAUUUGUGGAAGUUGCUCAAUGAAUAUUGAUGGUCGUAAUACACUUGCUUGCAUUUGUAAAAUCGAUGAUUCAAGUAAACCAUUAAAAAUUCAUCCACUUCCACACAUGAUUUUACUAAUUUUUAUAUGCAAUUAUAAAAUGAUUGAACCUUAUUUAAAACGUAAAACACCAACAGCUGUUGGUAAUAAACAAUUAUUUCAAAGUGUUGAAGAUCGUAAAAAAAUGGAUGGUAUGUAUGAAUGUAUUCUAUGUGCAUGUUGUUCAACAUCAUGUCCAAGUUAUUGGUGGAAUUCUGAUAAAUAUCUUGGACCAGCUGUUCUUAUGCAAGCAUAUAAAUGGAUUGUUGAUUCACGUGAUGAAUAUACAAAAGAACGAUUAAACCCCCUCCCAGAAUAA